CAUCACCAGUAUCACCAGCACCACCAGUAUCACCACAUCACCAGUAUCACCAGUGCUACUAGUAUCACUAGCGCCACUAGUACCACCAAGAUCAUCAGUAUCACCAGCAUCACCAGUAUUACCAAUACCACCAGGAAUACUAGUAUCACCAAUGCUGAUUGAUGAUUGGUGA